GUAGACCACUGCUGUUGAACUUCCACUUCAGCGCUCUCUGGCGCCCCUGGCUCUGCCUGAAGUAUCUGAAACGGCCACUACGAGGUGCUGAGAUGCAUUUAUCAGAACGGGUCUCAGCGGAGCAGCGCAUGUUAAUCUGUUGCAGGGCAUAGCAGGACGUAUUAAAUGUUGGACGACAGUUUGUGGUGUGUCGUAUCUCAUUUGUGUCACGUGACGAAGGCUUUGUAGUAGGAGGUUCGAGAUGCGGUGCGUGUUAUGUUGAUUUCUUACGGCGACUGUUACGCUUCCAGAUUCAGUCGUGUGGGUAAUGCGUUGACGUGAGAUUGUUUUUGGUCCUGCUGGUGUUUGGAGGUCAUGUGGAGUGGUGGUGAAAUGUGAAUGAAGAGUUAGAGUCUGUUGUUUUACUUUGUGUUGUUAUUUUGUCUUGUUUCACCCGGUAGCUGUUACUUGUGGUGUAAGGCUGCGAAUGAACGAAAUAUAUUUACUGGUGAAAUCUGUAUAAGACUGACGAAGUUCGGCCCGCAGAUACUUUGAUGAGUUCAGUUAUUCAUCUGUACCAGGAGUUCGACAGGACGUAACGCUGUUUUGUGUGCAGCGUCAACGACGAACGUUACAGCCAGCAGAAGAUCGUAAUGGGAUGAUAGGGGUAACUGCGGCUGGUGGGGGCGGCAGCGGGCCCCCAGGAGGUGGAGUGCGUGAGCGCACGAUGAGGGCUGUCGAGUACUACAACAACACGGUGCUCCGGGCCAGAGUUGGCGCCGGCCUCACAGGACCUCGAACUGGGACCAACACAUCCUACAAUCCGAUUCAAGAUGCAUUACACCGCAGCAAUUCGAGCUUGGAACUGACCCACGAUCCACAUCAUGGCCCUGGAGCGUCAGAUCCUCCAAUCCAACUCCGUCGUGAAUACGGAAGUCAUGGUUCCAUUGACGUAAUUUCUGCCGCUUCCGAGCGCGGAGGAACAUCCGGUUCAUCAGGAGCCGGUGAAAGUUUCUUUGCGAUGCUACAGGAUUACCGCCCAGCAGUGCUAGGGAUGAUAGGGACGGACCAGCGCAGUCCUGGCCCUGCAGAAUAUCUUAGAGGCAAAGUGGAUCCCCCGCCAGCCACUGAAAAUGCUUCGAAUGCUCUAGCAGCUGCCAGUGACGAUAUUCCUUCAUCAAACAUGACAUCUUCCUUGAGUACAAGUCCGAAACUGAGACUGAAGUUGCAUCGGUUUUGGGGUGGAGGUGGUGGGGGUGGUGGAGGAAGUGGUGGAAGUGGAGGCGGCGGGAAACCGCCUAGACAUCAGCAUGUGGUUGAUGAUAGUGUUGUAAAUACUAAUACUUCUUCGAAUAAUAAUCAUUGUGUGGGCGGUGAGAUAGAGGAGAGGCAAAGAAGGAGAGCUUUUGUGCACCAUGACUGCCAGUCUAUGACAGCCAAUCUGGGAUACGCGGCAAAGCUACGGGGGUUGCUUCUUGCCAGGAGGAGGAACACGACGACAGGGGCCUCGGCAGCGUCUAUGCUUGGUGCCAGGUCUGCAACUCCAGACGGUGGCGACAGUGGAGAUGAGGAUGCGGGUGAUGGACGCGGGAAUGAUCUUCUGGAAAGCUGUCCAUUCUUCCGUAAUGAGAUCGGCGGCGAGGAGGAACGCGUGGUAAGCCUUACGCGGGGACAGUCUCCGCAGAACGCCCAGAGGCGACCGCUACAUCGGCCACCCAUGGCGUAUGGGGUGUCGGUGCUGGAGUUCCCACCGGGAGAGACCCACUGGCAACAUGGUACCUGCCCUUAUCAGCGCAACCCCCGCGCCAUCGAGAGCGUCGACCAAGGCGCGCUGUAUUACAGAAACCACUUCUAUGGGCAAGAUCAUCAGAACUGGUUUGGAAUGGACGAGAAUCUGGGGCCAGUGGCUGUCAGCAUUCGACGGGAGCGAAUAGAGCGGCAGAAUGAUCCAAACUCUGCAAAUUCCUCCUCGGCACCACCUUCACAUGCUUAUCAUUAUCGGCUGCUAAUACGUACUAGUGAGUUGUUUACAUUGCGAGGAUCAGUGUUAGAGGAAGCAAUUCCAAACCUGAAAACAUCAAACAGCAACAAAACUUUGAAUACCAAGGAAGUGUUGGAGUAUGUUGCACCAGAAAUUCAGUUAUCAUGCUUGAGGCUAGGUGUUGCAUCACAGCAAACAGAAGACCAGCUGCUGAAACUGGACGAACAAGGUUUGACAAACCACUACAAGGUCGGCAUCAUGUACUGCAGAGCAGGUCAGGCCUCAGAAGAGGAAAUGUACAACAAUGAGGAAGCAGGACCAGCCUUCCAUGAGUUCCUCGAUGCAAUUGGUCAACGAGUAAGGCUUAAAGGCUUUGACAAGUACCGAGCUGGCCUUGACAACAAGACUGAUUCUACAGGCCUGUAUUCAGUAUAUUCACAGUACCAAGACUGUGAGAUCAUGUUCCACGUUUCCACGCUCCUUCCAUUUACGCCAAACAACCGCCAGCAGCUACUCCGUAAACGUCACAUAGGCAAUGAUAUUGUGACCAUAGUCUUCCAAGAGCCAGGUGCUCAGCCAUUCACACCAAAGAAUAUUCGUUCACAGUUCCAGCAUGUCUUCAUUGUAGUGCGUGCAAUUAACCCUUGUUCAGACAACACACAAUAUCGUGUUGCAGUGAGCAGAUCGAAGGAAGUGCCUGUUUUUGGUCCACCAAUCCAUGAAGGAGCAACAUUUCCAAAGUCCAAAGCCUUUUCUGAUUUCCUUUUAGCCAAAGUAAUCAAUGCAGAAAAUGCAGCCCACCGUUCAGAGAAGUUCGCUACCAUGGCAACACGUACACGGCAGGAGUACCUGAAGGAUCUUGCUAACAACUACUCAUCUACCACAGUAGUUGAUCAAGGACAGAAAUUCUCUAUAAUGUCCUUCAGCAGCAAAAAGAAAGAACGUGUUCGACCUCGGUUUCUACCAGAUGCCUUGCAGAGAGGUGCUAUAUCAUGGCAAGUGGUGCUUGAUGAUAGUGGUCAGGCAGCCCUAGUGGACUGUUACCUUGGUAUUUCAACAGACACAUUAGUUCUUAUUGAGGAACGGUCACGCGAAAUUGUUUUUGUCAUGCCAUGCAAAGCUAUACUGGGAUGGUCGACACAAACAAACAGCCUGCGCGUGUACCACCACCAAGGUGAAUGCACAACCCUUCAUAUGCGUGAAGGUGGCGACCGUGAUGAGCUGAUGGAGAUUGUGGUUCGCCUGCGAGCUGUUACUGGAGGCUGUGUGGCACAAGAGCUUUCUUUAAGAAGAAAUCCCAUGGGACAGCUGGGAUUCCAUGUUCAGCCAGAUGGAGUGGUGACACAGGUUGAAAGCCUGGGUCUCGCUUGGCAAGCAGGACUUCGUCAUGGAGCAAGGCUGGUUGAGAUUUGCAAAGUAGCAGUGUCAACAUUAUCCCAUGACCAAAUGGUGGAUCUGCUAAAAACAUCCAUGAUGGUGACAGUGACUGUAAUUCCACCAUUACCAGAUGGUUCUCCAAGGAGGGGCUGCACAUUACAAAACUGUCGAUACACACUGAAUAACUAUGAAGGUGAUUAUGAAAAUGUUUCUGGCAGAGGUGGAGAUGACAAGAUGGGUCGUAAUGUGGCAGCUGCUGUGCCUGGGAAACACAGACGUCGGUAUGAGAGGAGUUUCUCUCCUCCCCAGUCAUCCAGUAGUUCAGGUUAUGGGACAGGAUCCAGCAGCAAAUCUUUUGCUGAUCCACGUUUUCCAGCCAACUCUGAGGGCACAAUGACUAGUUCAUCUAGUGGUCAUUCAAGUGAUGAUCAGUGGUACGAGCUUCUGGAACCAGCAGAGCCUGACGUGUCUGUUGUGGUUCGUGAAUCUCCACCCCCUCCUCUGCCUGCUAGGCUUGGUUCAGGUGGGGGCAGUGCCUUUCAACAAGUGCCCCCCAAACAGUCACUGCAUGGGGGCAAGUUGCCUGUGCAGGCAAGUCACUCCUUGCCUCUCAAUCCCUUAGGGAACUACUCCCUUCCACCCUCUGCACCAACAAGGUACAAUCCAGGUGGUGACUAUGAGUCAUCAGCACACCAUGACUUCAAGCUUGGUGAGAAAGUGACCUGCCUCAAAUCCUCUGGAGGAGAAGCAAGACCUGUGCCUAGACCCACCCUAGACUACCUCGUAACUAGAACACCAAAGAUUUCUGAUUAUUCCGGCCACCAGCAUGCAGCUGUUGAGGUGACGAAAUCAUCCAGCUUGCCACCCGACUGUGCCACUCUCCGAGGACUUGCUGUUAGUGAUGGUCACUCAACAGACACCAGUUCUGCCAGUGAGAGGCUGUUUGGGGCACCCAGUGAAGAUGAGCUGUCUGCAGGAAGCAGUAAUGUGUCACCUCGUCUCCGACGCUCAACAAAGCACUUUCAGAGCAAUGGUGCUGGUGGUGGAACCCUAACUCCAUCUAGUAGUGGUAGCAGAAACCAAAGUCCUCGUCCAAGGGACACUGGUGAAGCAAGAUUACGGCCCGGAGUUACACCUCGCAAUUCAUCCAAUCGGAAUAGUGCCAACUUAACAGCAAGCACAUUGCAAGAAGAUCUCAUGAGGCUUAUAAAUCCAGAUUAUAUGGCUGAGAGAGAUGAGAAGAUUAGCAAGGAACCUGCAGGAAAUGGUGCAGUUGCUGGAAAAAUCCACAGUAGCAGUAAUGGUAGUAGUAGUAACGGUGGUAAUGUAAAUGAUGCAGCCAUUAAUAAUCGAUCUCGUUCUCGAGAGAACUUGUGUAACUCUAACAUGAAUGGACCAUCACUCAGUGUUCUUCCAGCCUGCCAGUCUGCUCCAGACCCUGACCUACACACUAGGGAGCAGCAUGGAAGAGACCAACUUCAGCAUGCAAGAGACCAGCAUGCAAAUAGUAGCAGUAGUAACGUCACAGCAGAGCAUGGUUCAUCCGGUGAAGUGAUUCUUACUCUAGCAAGACCAGCUACAGUCAUAUCCAAUGCAAGCACAGCUUCAAGCCCAGCACCUAGUGAAAAUAAACUUACCAAAGAGGAGAGAUUAUCACCACGAGUGACAAAGUUGGCAGAACCCCUGCUCCUCCCAGAUGCACGGGAGAUGGACUGGCCUAGUCUAGUGGAUACGGCAACGCGAGCCAUGAUGCAAGUACCGCAUGAUGAACCAGUUCCAGAAGCAGCUCGCAAUGGGGAAAGCCUAGGUCACUGGGUAGAUGAUGUGGCAGAACGUCUUGGACUCGAUGCCACGGUUGCCAACAUUAAAAACAACAGCCUUGUUACUGGAGGACGACGAAUGACAGAACUCCAGAGCCAUCUUGCACAGCUGGAAGCUAGAGUUGCUAGAGAAACUCGUCGCCGUCAGUCUUUAGAAGAGGAGGUCCGGCGUUUACGGGAUGAAAAUCGACGACUGCAAGAGGAAUCACAAGCUGCAGCCCAGCAGCUGAGGCGCUUCACAGAAUGGUUCUUCCAGACCAUUGAUCGCCAGUAAUACGAGAAUGCAGCUAGACAGAAAUCAAAGAAUGGUAUCUGUGAAAUAAGGUUACACAUGUUGAUGACCAUUCAUACUGAGUAUUUGUGCUUCAUCUUAUUGUAAACCAUUUGUGAGUGAUCAUCAUGUUAUGGCAACUUAUUGGUUUCAGCAAAGACUUUGUAUCGAAGUACUGAAUAAAUUGUUUAUCUGUCAUCACACAGUUAAAGAUGGAAAGCCUUGAACACAUCAAAGUACAGAAGUGUUGAAUACACUAUUUAUCUGUUAUUAGCCAGCUACAGAAGGGAAGCCUUUAACAUAAUAAAGUACAGAAGUAUAGAAUAAAUCAUUUAUGUGUCAUCAGGCAGCUAAAGAAGAAAAGCUUUGAACAUGUCAGAGCACAGAAGUACUUAGUAAAUUAUUUUUCUGGAAUCAGACAGCUAAAAAGGAAAAGCCUAUAAUGUAUUAAAUGUGGAAGUAUUGAAUAAAUUAUUUGUCUGUUAUGAAGCAGCUACAGAAGGAAAGUCAUGAACUUACUGAAGUAUAGAUGUAUUGAAUAAAUUAUUUAUCAAGUAGCUGAAGAAGCAAAGCCUUAAAUGCUGAAAGUAUAUACAGCUAUGCAACAACCUGUCACUUCUGAAUGCUGUCUUUUUGAGGAUCAGUAGAUACUAGCCACAAAAAAAAAAAAAUAGGUGCUUCUAAUUAAAAUACAUAUUUUAGAAUAUUUAAAUCAGAGCUGUUAACAUGUUCAUUGACACACAGAUUUAUUUUAAGUGGGGCCUGCCUUGUGUGUUAAGCACUGUUGCUACCAUGAAACAUAAUUCAUGUUUGGUUUUUAUUUAAACCUAAUGUCACCCAAAACACCACACCAUUUGCUCAGCCCUGUAGGUAUGUAUGGCUUAUGUUCUGUAUGAAGUCUCAUUUUCUAUGAUCUCUGUAGUGAAAUUUAGAUGAAAUGAUCAUUGAACAAACAGCUGAAGUAAAAAUGUCCAGUGCAGGUUUUAGACUGUGCUAUUUAAUCAUGUAUAGCACAAAUAUGUGUACCACCUACUUUAACAUUGAGAAUUAUCAAUUUUUCCUGCAGUUUGUCUACAAAGUAUAUUAAGCACACUGGGAUAAAUUAUAGUUUUUUUAGUGUUAUGUAAGUAAUAUAUGCGCUUUUAAGUGUUAAAGCAGUACAUGGAAAUGCCUGGCCAUGUUUACCAAUAUAUGAUAAAAGUGUUCACCUUCAGCAUUCUAUUGAUUGGUGUUCUCAGGGACUAAAAUGUACACCUGGUCAAAUGAUUAAUAUAAUUCCUAAAAAUCAGUAUGGCCUACAUGAAUUAUGCAGCAUGGAGAAUAUGCCAGUGUUACAAAGAAAUGAAAACAUGAGUAUGGCAAUACAUCACAAGGUGGUAAUAUCAGUUUUACUGAAACAGAGUAAAGUUUGCCACAAUUUCCAUUCUUUGGAUGCUUUAUGUUGUAACUAAGAUCAUUUUUUUUGUCCUGUUGUAAUCAAGUACAUGAAAAUACAAAUUAAGAGAAAGUUUUUAAUUAUAUUGCGAGAGAUUUCUUAUUAUAAGUAGUGGAAUUAUACUUUUGUUUAAUUAAAAACUUAAAAUUUGAAAAUUUAUGUUUAUAUGAUUAUGCCCUAAUAAUGAUAAUGCUCAAAGCAGAUGUGGGGUUUAGAGCUUCACAAACAAAUCAGAUGUUUUGUUAUGAAAUGUAUAUCACAUGCCAUGUUUUCUGCAGAUUAAGUUUUCUACAGCUUUGAUUUAAAUAAACAGAAACAUGCAAUACCAUUUGAGAAGUAUUUUUUAUUCAUUCCCAGUAUUUGUGAAAGAAAUCAUUUCAGUUCAUUAAUUGUAUAUUUCUUUGUUGUUUGUUCAGUCAACACUAUUAAGGUUGAUGUCUGUAUCUACAUAUUUUACAUCUCCGUCCUCUUGUAAAAUGCUGACAAAUAUUUAAAUAAGGUAAUUACUUCAGUAGCCUUUCAAGAUGUACUUGUCAAUUGAAUGAACACCAAUGAUAUCCUUGGAAUAUUUUCUAUAUGCCAUUAAGCAAAAUCAUACAGUAUUAAUUACAGCUGUAGUUUAGAAUGUAGGCUGAUUAUGCUUUGCUAUAUUGAAAUGCAGAUGGAAGAAUAGGAUUUGUAUAUAAUUAUAAAAUGAUGGUUAAUGGUCAUGAUUAAUUUAAUUUUCACAUUCUUUGUAUAUAUAUCAUAUUUCCAAUCAUAUAAUACAUUUUUGAGAAUAUUUAUAUGUAACAUUCAUGUACUAGGAUGGCAGACUAACAGAUUCUAACAAAGUUACCAAAUAAUGAUAGGUGUAUUUUAGUGAGCUGAAUAUUUAAAAAAAAAUGAAUGACACUCUCAGUUCACACAUAUUAAUAGUACCAUGCACAUUUUGCACUUAAUUAAAAUGUAUAAGAUGUAGACUUCAAGGCAGAUCGUUGUUAGUGAUAUGUGAACAAGCUCAUGUUGUACUUAAAGCUGGACUACUCUCCAUACUACUUGUAUAUUUAUAUAUUUUUUUCACAUAGAAGCCCCAAGAUUCAGCACUUUUAGGUUCAGUACCAAAAAGAAUUAUGAAUGUGUAUUAUACAGGGAAAAUACUACAUUUGUGUACAUGUAAGACAAUUCUUAAUUUAAAAGUAUGGGCUAAGGUGGAUAGAAGAAGAUAUAUAAACCCUGUGCACAUGCUUUUAUUGACAUCAGCAUUCAACACUUUACAUACUGACCACAUGUUUCAAUGUUGUGGCAUCAUGAUCACAUGACAUGGGUUUAUGUUAUUCCAUAUUUGAUUAUCCCUUUGUCAUCUUGUUGACAAAAUGGUGGCCUUGUCUUUCAUCCACAUAUAGAAUAAGGAGCUGCUGUUAAUUAUAUAUCAUGGUCAUAUGACGAUCCUAAAAUCUUUUGUAAUACUACAUAAUAAACAUAAAGUUUAUUGCUAUAGAUCACUCUGAAUUGUCUCACAAUGGAUGAAAUCUAAUGAGUGGAAGGUAGAUAGGAAGUUUGCUGACUGAUGUAUGAGCAAAGAGCGGCAGCCCUGCCAAGAGAUAAUUCCAAUAUAGACAGGAGUUCAGAAUUUGGCACAUAGAACACAGACAUUGACAGAAAACUGGUGAAAUACGAGGCAGUGUUGUACCUUAUAGUCAAGCUAUCAGCUUCUCACUGUGGAUGCCAGGGUUCAGUUCCAAGGGGUCAGAGUGAGUGUAUUAUGGACAAAAUAGUACUGGAGCAGGUUCUUUCUGAGCUCUUUAGUUUUUUCCUGGCAGAUAUCAUUCCAUCAUUUCCCCAUAGAGUAGAGUUUAUUUGUAUAGCAUAGAUCUUUCUCUGGGCUAAACCAAAAGAUGUAGAACAUGUCAAAUGACACAUAAUUCGUCAUCAGAUCCGAUACAGUAGACCCAUUUGAGGCAGUUGUAACAAGGGGCUUGGUCAAACCUUAUUCCUGCAACUAGGAAAAAGAACAGCUAUAAAUUGAAAUGUAGCAAUAUAGAAAUUAUUGUUUUUAAUACUAAUGUCAGUUCAUAAUAAAGUGACAAGGAAUAAUUUAGCUUUACAAUCUGGUAAUUUGUGAGAUAUUAUUCUUGUUUCAGUAUGACUGUGGUAUAUUAUCUACAACAUCUGUUUCAUUCUGUAUAGAGGUAAAAGAUUGUUCUCCUGUGAUAAAAAGGAGACAUACAAGGUUUGUCCGGAAAGUAAUGCAAUUAAGUUCGUAAAAAGAAUUAUUCAAGAUAUCGUUACAAAAGUUUACAAUUUUUCAAAGUACUCCCCUUGGGCAUCCAGCGACUUUUCCAUGCAUGAUACGCAUCCUGGAAGGCAUCAACGGGGACCUCGUUUAGAGCCUUUGUCACGGCGGUUUGAAUCACUUCAGUGGUUCCAAAACAGGUUCCUUUCAGGGCGGUCUUGUUCCUUGGGAAAAAAAAGACGUCUGCGAUCACUCGCGAUUGUCACUCGGUUGUUGUUAUGGUUGUCAGUCAACAAUUUGGGGACCAACUUGGCACACACUUUCCGCAUGUGCAAUUUGUCGGUAACAAUGUCAUGCACAGUGGUUUUCAGAAUACUGAGAGUCUCUGCUAUCAUCCGAACACUCAUUCGACGAUCGGUAUUUAAAAAAUCACGACACAUUUUUGUCACUUCUGCUGGUUGACGGCCGUCCAGAGCAGUGGUCAUCCACCAUUUGUAAACAACUUCAACCACCUGGAGACUUGAGAAUAUGAGAGAGCAGAGUCCCCACAGGCUUCCUGAAUCAUUUGGUGCGUGUCAGUGAGGCUUUUGUUCAGUUUAACACAGAACUUGAUCGCGUAACGUUGUUUGAUAGUUUUCUCUGUUGCGUGUCGUGACACAGGCCCUAACAGGAGGUUCAUGGAAACAGCGAUCCUGAUGCUCCCAGAGCUCAGAGCAGACUGAGCUUGGAAGCGUUGUGAAGCUAAGAGUCCUCCCCCCCCCCUUUCCCAACAGGUCCGAACGUGCUACGACCAGGAGGAGUGGCAGGAAAAAACAAAUUGCAUUACUUAACAGACAAAUCCUUUAUAUUCACAUGAGUACAUGCAGUUGGUGUAAGUUUGAUUUAGACAAAAUUAAGUGCCAUGUGCUGGUAUGUUCUAAAAUCUGUGUAUGGUUAGGUUAGUUUCUUCUGCAAAUAAAGUAAUUUUCCUUUUGUUUGAAAAGUAUUAAUGUGAAUAUUAUGUGAAAUAUGAUUUUAUUGCAGUAGCAAUGAGUUAAAAUUAAAUAUAACAUUACUUAA